AUGAGUGACGGACCCCUGUACCUGGGGUUCGACCUCUCGACCCAGCAGCUGAAGGCAAUUGUCGUACAGUCCGAUCUCAACGUUGUCGCGGACGCCAAAGUCGACUUCGACCAAGACUUCGCUUCCAAGUACAAGGUCAAGAAGGGCGUGCUCGUCAAUGAGGAUGAGGGCGAGGUGUUUGCCCCCGUAGCCAUGUGGCUAGAGUCCCUCGACCUAGUUCUGCAGCGGUUGCAGGAGAAGAAGACGCCCCUGAACCGGAUUCGGGGCAUCAGCGGCUCCUGCCAGCAACACGGCAGUGUCUACUGGGGUCGCCAGGCCGAGUCGCUGCUCGGUAGUCUGAAGUCGGACAGGCCGCUAGUCGACCAACUAAAGGAGGCAUUCUCGCACCCGUACGCCCCGAAUUGGCAGGACCACAGCACACAGCAGGAAUGCGACCAGUUCGAUGCGAAGCUGGGGUCUGCGGACCGUUUGGCUGAGGUUACGGGGAGUGCUGCGCAUCAUAUAAUGCGCCUCCGGCGAAAGCUCCCGGACAUGUACGCCAACACAUCCCGCAUCUCCCUCGCCUCGUCCUUCCUCGCCUCCCUCUUCCUCGGCGCCGUGGCGCCCAUGGACAUCAGCGACGUCUGCGGCAUGAACCUCUGGGACAUCGCCGGCAACGACUGGUCCGAGCCGCUCCUCGAGCUCACGGCCGGCAAGGACGGCGUGGCAGACCUGCGCAGCAAGCUGGGCGAGGUCCGGAAAGACGGCGGCGGCAGCAUGGGCCGGAUCAGCAGCUACUUCACCUCGCGGUACAACUUCAGCCCCGACUGCGAGGUCGCGCCCUUCACGGGCGACAACCCGGCGACAAUCCUGGCGCUGCCGCUCCGCCCGCUCGACGCCAUCGUCAGCCUGGGCACCAGCACCACCUUCCUCAUGAGCACCCCCGUCUACAAGCCGGACCCGAGCUACCACUUCUUCAACCACCCGACCACCCCGGGCCAGCACAUGUUCAUGCUGUGCUACAAGAACGGCGGCCUGGCCCGCGAGAAGGUGCGCGACGCGCUGCCCCCGUCUUCCGCCACAACCGACAACAACAACGACCCCUGGGCAACCUUCAACCAGCACGCGCUGGCGACCCCCCCACUCGACGUGCGCUCGGACUCGGACCGCGCCAAGCUCGGCCUGUACUUCUACCUGCCCGAGAUCGUGCCCAACAUCCGCGCGGGCACCUGGCGCUACACGUGCGACGCGGCCACGGGCGGCGCGCUGCGGGAGCAGGACCCGCCCGGCUGGGCGCCCGAGACGGACGCCCGCGUCAUCGUCGAGUCCCAGGCCCUGUCCAUGCGCCUGCGCAGCCAGAACCUGGUCAGCCCGCCCGGCGGCGGCGGUGGCCAGCUGCCCGCGCAGCCGCGCCGCAUCUACCUGGUCGGCGGCGGGUCGCACAACCCGGCCAUCGCGCGCAUCGUGGGCGACGUGCUGGGCGGGGCGGAUGGCGUGUACAAGCUGGACGUGGGCGGCAAUGCCUGCGCGCUGGGCGGCGCGUACAAGGCCGUGUGGGCGUUUGAGCGGGCCGAGGGCGAGACGUUUGAUGAGCUGAUUGGGAAGCGCUGGAAGGAGGAGGGGGCGAUUCAGAAGGUGGAUGAUGGGUAUCGCGAUGGGGUGUUCCAGAAGUAUGGGAAUGUGCUGGCGGCGUUUGAGGAGAUGGAGGAGAGGAUUUUGAAGGUGGCGAAGAAUACCUGA